AUGUCUGUCCAAGGGAAUGAGCACCUUCCCUCGUCCACCAGUUGCCACCUUGGCCCGAACGCUGUGCACGGCACUUCAUCUAACGAGGCCUCUUUAUUGGCUGUGAGUCAGCAAGUAAUACGGGACUUUCUGGACAGAAUGAAUGUCACAAUUCCUCCGUAUUUACCCGAUCUCGAAGUUAUGUCUCGUGUCUACAAGGUCCUUCAAACUUGGGACUUUGGAGAUGCAAUUCGUCCCCACGUCAUUACUGCCCUCACGAUUACUAUCACAGCUUACAACCACCUUACGGACAUCGAGGCGAAGGUGCAGAUCGCAUUGUUCACCGCAAUCACUACUGCCUUGGACGUUCCUGUCAUAAUGAACUCGGUCUCUUGGCGCGAUUUGCACACCUUAUUUCUACCCUGUUCAGCUGAGAAUAGGUCAGGUUUGGUCAGGGAACUUCGGGGCAUUCUCGUCAAAAUGUGGGACCACUAUCCCCCGUGCUCUGCAAGUGCGAUUUUCAGUUCAGUGCUCAAGUUUAUCAGUGCGACCAUUUUCGAGAAUGAGACAAAGGCAAUCGCCUUGUCCUCAGACGGAGCUCCAUUUAUCGAGUAUCGUAGAGCGAAGGGCGGGUUGCCCGAAGCCUAUGCCUACUUCAUCUGGGAGAAGGCCAAAUUCCCUGAUAUCAAGGUCUAUGUCCAAGCUAUACCCCACGCCAUGCGUUACAUAAACUACGUCAAUGACAUCCUUUCCUUUUACAAGGAAGAGCUUGAAGGCGAGACCGGUAAUUACAUCGGAGAUCGUGGUCUAGUCGAGGGUAAAUCUGCCCUUGAGGUCCUGAGAGAAGUAAUUGAUGAGACGGUUGGUGCGGCGGAGCGCGUGCGACGCAUUCUUGGAGAGGGGGAAGCAAGGGACGCUUGGGAGAAUUUCGUCCGCGGUUACACCAGCUUUCACAUCAGCAGCCCGCGCUAUCGUCUGCAAGAGGUGGUUGGAAGCCGAUACCUCAUCGAUUAG